AUGGCGUCGAUGCCCGCUGCGACUAUCUAUCCCCAGAGCCAUGUCGGUUUCGACAGCAUCACAUCUCAGAUUGAGCGCAAGCUGCUCAAGCGCGGCUUCCAGUUCAACGUCAUUUGCGUCGGCCAGACGGGUUUGGGCAAGUCGACACUGAUCAACACCAUCUUUGCCUCGCACCUCAUUGAGUCCAAGGGCAGGCUCAAUCCCGAUGAGGUGAUUCGUUCGACUACCGAGAUUCAUCCCGUUUCGCACAUCAUUGAGGAGAACGGCGUGCGGCUGAGGCUCAACAUCGUUGACACGCCCGGCUACGGGGAUCUCAUCAACAACGACCGAUGCUGGGAUCCAAUCGUCAAGUACAUCAAGGACCAGCACUCUGCUUACCUGCGCAAGGAGCUCACCGCCCAGCGUGAGCGCUACAUUCAGGACACGCGCAUCCACUGUUGCCUGUUCUUCAUCCAGCCCUCAGGCCACACGCUCAAGCCAAUCGAUAUAGUGGUGCUGAAGAAGCUGUCGGAUGUUGUCAACGUCGUCCCGGUCAUCGCCAAGGCCGAUUCGCUCACCCUGGAAGAGCGGCAAGAGUUCAAGGCACGCAUCAAAGAGGAGUUUGCCUUCCACAACCUCAAGAUGUACCCCUACGACAACGACGAGUUUGACGAGGAGGAGCGUGCCAUCAACACCCAGAUCAAGAACAUGAUUCCCUUCGCCGUCGUCGGCUCCGAGAAGUCGAUCAUUGUCAAUGGCAAGCAGGUCCGGGGCCGCCAGAACAGGUGGGGCGUCAUCAACGUCGAGGAUGAGAACCACUGCGAAUUCGUCUACCUCCGGAACUUCCUCCUCCGCACCCACCUCCAGGACCUCAUCGAGACGACUUCCCAGAUCCACUAUGAGACGUUCCGCGCCAAGCAGCUCUUGGCCCUCAAGGAGAGCAGCGCGCAGGGCAGCAGGCCCAUCAGCCCGUCCGCCGAGCGCGAGAUGAGCCGCAGCUCGCAACGGAUGACCAUGAACGGCUAUUAA